GCUGACUGCCGUGUCAGCUGGGAGCCUGAGACCUGUCAUUAACCACGAAGUCACAACAUUCUCGAGGCGCACCGGAAUGUUUAUUUAAUAUAUUGGCAAAGUUCUGCUACACCGAGCGAUUCCUUGUGGAAGCAGAUUCUCUUGAUAUUUCAGAAGAGUUUACAAUGGCUUAAACGGAAGCUGCGUUGCCCUACAUAUGGUGUGAAUGUAGUGGCUGCAAACUCGGCCAUAGGAUACUGCAUACUUACAAAGCUGGUGGCAUUAUGUAUUAUAACAAUGACUGAGGUGGACAGUUGUGUGGGGACCCCAUCACUGGCGAAUGCACAUGGCUGGCGACAGUGUUUGUACUGCUCAGGACAAUCCUUCAAGUUGCCAAAUGACUUUAUCAAACACAUCCGGGAGUGCCACUGUGCCAAAGAGGGCGGGAGCUUUGUGUGCCGCUAUGGGUACAAUGGUGUGUGCUCCUCAUUGCCUCUGGAGGGCGUGAGUGACCAGGACUAUGAGGAUCAUGUGCUGAAACAUCAUGCAUUUACCAUGCAUACCAAAGCAGGGAGCCCUGGUGUUAUUGCCAAGCCACUGUCAGGGAGGCAGGUAGAGGAAAAAUGGGGAGUGUUCUCCUCCACACAGAACGUGGCUGCUGUGCUCAAUGAUCCCAGGAAAGGAAUGAAGCGGGACUUCUUCACAAAGACAUGGGGAGAGGGUUUUGUAGAAGUACGGGACAUUCCUCCCCAUGUAACACUCCCACAAGUCACUCCAAAACAUGUAGAGUCUUAUGUGAGGCGUCUUAGGCGAAGGAAGCGGCUUCUGUCACGUCUUGCCUCCCACCAGGCUGGUAAGGCUCAGGAGGAGGCUGAGGAGUGCUCCCUGGAACCCAACCCUAGGGUGAGUGACCAGCUGCCUCAAGAGGGCAUCCCCGCCAUCUUCCUCUCAAGCUCUUUUAACUUGGAGGAUCCAGAAACUUUUUAUUCUGUCUUCCCUCACAUUACCUCAGCUGGAGUCUCCACCAAGAAUUCAAAACUCAUCCAGGAAAAGCUCUUCCACCACCUGGAGGCUGUGGAGUUAGACAUGAGCUGCCAGAUUGCUCGCAAGUCAUCAGCCUUCUUUGAUACCAUGACCUACCUCAAUGCCCAGAUGGAACAGCUCAAGCUCAACCAUGCUGCUGUAUCUACUCUUAGAAGUGGAAUUUCUUCACUCCACCAAGAAGCUGUUCUGGAGCCUGUGAAGCUUCUGGCAUUACCAAGGAGAAGAGAGAACAUUUUCACUGCCUGCAAAAAGCUGGAGGUUAUGAGUGCUGUAAGGGAGGUGCAGUCCACUAUACAGGAAAUGUUGGCAAGACAGGAAUUCACAGCAGCAUUAGACCUCAUCUCCACCACACAGGACCUCCUUCAUUCUGAACUCAGCACCAUUAGGAGUCUCAAGCACCUGAGCUCAGAGCUGUCAGAACAUGAAAAGCUAAUUGAUAAGAUGGUGAGUGCUGAUUUCACCAAAUACAUCACUGAGGACCUCAACCGCCCACUGGAUGAUAUACAACCCUUGCUGGAAGAGGUGAGUAGAAUAAUAUAGGUAGUGAAUACAAGU